AUGCCAAUGAUUAUUUCUAAUCAUCGAAAACAAGGUGAAACUUGUCAAAAUUCACAAAUGAACUGUUGGAAUCGAGAUGAUUAUGAAAAACGUUUACAUAAUUCAUUAACAAAAUUACAAUUGCCUGAUUGGUUUAAUCAUGAUUACAUAACUACACCAUCAAAUGUAUUACGAAAAACGCAAUCAUAUGGAACAAUUGGACGGCAUCGAACAUGGAUAAAUAAUGUUGAUGGUGAACAUGUCGAGUCGGAUUCUAGCGUAAAUUUACCAAAGAUUUUUGUUGGAGAUUAUUCACUGAAUAGUCCUACACAAUCAUUGUCGGGACAUAAUUCACUUAAAGAACCUUUAUCUGAAUUAUUAUCGCAAUACAGUAUAUCAGUUUAUAUUCCUGGAAAACAACGUGUUGCACAAUCGUCAAACUGGUAUAAACCUGUUCAGUUAUCUCUAGGUAAACAAAACACAAAAGUAAAUAUUCACUCAAUUAAAUAUAAUCCCGUUCGACAUAUGAUAAAAACAUCAAUAGAUGGUUCAAGUCAUCAUAAACAAUGGAACUCGACUAUUUAUCCAACAAAAGAACUUAAAACAAUUUUAUCGAAUGUCUACAGUUUGGAUCAACAACGACUGCAUAACAAAUUAAAAAAUCAAUGUUAUGAUAUUCAAAAGUGUAAAGUGCGAAAACAAACGACAUUAGUUAACGUUACUCCUCAAAUAUCAGAGUUGAACAAGAAGAGUAUGUCAGAGCAAAUUGAAUUCAAUUUAACCAGCACGAUAAAUAAUAUACCACAAAUACAACACGAAAAUGAUCCAUUAUUACAUGACAUUUCAUUCGAUAUCAGCAAUGAUUUAUCCGAAGAAAAUGAUGGAACACUCCUUAAUGAAAAUAGUGUCAAAUUGUCAUCUCGUACAAGUGAAUCGUCAUUUCAUACGUUUCUAUCACCAGAAAAUGUAACAUCGUUGCCACGUACAAAUUCAUCGAAAAGCGUUUCAUCAGCAGACUCCUAUCGUUCGGCAUUACCACCUAACAGUUUAGUAACUGUUGAUUCAUCGUCAUAUGCAAGUGUAAAUGAUCGUUCCUUAUCAUCUUAUUAUACAGCUAAUGAAGGUGGAAGUAGUUCAACGUCAUCUGUCGCAGGAUACGAUACGCCUACGCCCCAAAUGGAAGAUGAUAGUGAAAGUUCUAUUCGGAGUUCUGCAUCUGAUUUAAGUCAUGCAGAAACAUUGGCACCCGAUGAAAAUACAAAAAGUGCAGGUAAGACAUU